CAGGAAACUCUGCUGUCACUCUCCUCCGCUUCUCCAAAGUGUGUGUUCGCACAUUCAGUUAGUGACUAUAAGAGAAGCGGAUGAUGACAUCUUCACACCCGUUGUGAAAAACUACCUUACUGCUAAAUAGAUUUUUCUUUACAAAAUAGACAUAUUUAAAAAGUGUCUUUAUGGAGGCACGUGAUAUCUGAUAUUGCACAUUUGAAGAGACAUUUCAUAUUUCAAAAGAAAAAUGGGCUGCAACUGCAGUUCGGACUAUUCAGACAGCGACUGGAUUGAGAACUUGGAUGAAAUCUGUGAUCACUGCAACUGCGCCAUACCCCCCCAGUCAUGCAACCCAUACACAGACCAGCUUAUUCAUCACCCAUCACAGUAUUCACCUCCUACAUCUCCUCUACCAGACAACCUUGUGCUGGCCAUAUACAGUUAUGAACCCAACCAUGAUGGAGACCUGGGCUUUCAGAAGGGAGACAAACUCAAGAUCAUCAACAAGGAAGAUCCAGAGUGGUAUUUGGCGGAGUCUCUCACCACAGGCCAGCAGGGCUACAUCCCAUACAACUUUGUUGCGAUGACCACCAUGGAGACAGAAUCGUGGUUCUUUAAGAACAUUUCGAGAAACGAAGCCACGCGGCUCCUCCUCUCUCCCGGGAAUACAAUGGGCUCCUUCUUGAUUCGAGAGAGUGAGACAACCCAAGGCUCAUUCUCCUUAUCAAUCAGGGACUUGGACCACAACACUGGGGAAGUAGUCAAGCACUACAGAAUCCGCAACAUGGACGAUGGUGGCUUCUACAUCACAGCCAAGAUAUCCUUUAGCUCGCUGAAGGAGAUGGUCCAGCAUCACUCACGUGAGGCAGAGGGGUUGUGCACAAAGCUGGUGAAGCCGUGUCAGUCGAGGGCACCACAGAAGCCCUGGUGGCAGGAUGAGUGGGAGAUUCCCAGAGAGUCCCUGAAGCUGGAGCAAAAGCUGGGAGCAGGACAGUUUGGAGAAGUCUGGAUGGGUGUCUACAAUAAUGACAGGAGGGUGGCAAUUAAGAACCUGAAGAUAGGCACAAUGACGGUGGAAGCCUUCCUGGCAGAGGCCAACAUGAUGAAGAACUUGCAGCAUCCACGUCUCGUCCGCCUCUUCGCCGUUGUCACGCAGGAGCCAAUCUAUAUUGUCACGGAGUACAUGGAGAAUGGAAGCCUAGUGGAUUACUUGAAAACCACAGAGGGAAGCAGUUUGCCAAUGAACACUCUGAUAGACAUGGCGGCUCAGGUGGCGGAUGGCAUGGCUUUCAUUGAGCAGAAGAAUUACAUUCAUCGAGACGUGAGAGCAGCCAAUAUUCUGGUGUCCUGUGAGCUCAUUUGUAAGAUUGCUGACUUCGGACUGGCAAGGCUGAUUGAGGACAAUGAAUACACAGCAAGAGAAGGUGCAAAGUUCCCCAUCAAAUGGACGGCUCCAGAGGCUAUCAACUAUGGCACCUUUUCCAUAAAGUCUGAUGUGUGGUCAUUUGGGAUCCUCCUCACAGAAAUAGUGACAUAUGGACGCAUACCCUACCCUGGUAUGUCCAACCCAGAGGUAAUCCAGAACCUGGACCGGGGCUACAGAAUGCCGAGGCCAGAAAACUGUCCAGAGGGGCUUUUUAACGUCAUGUGUCUUUGCUGGGGGGAAAACCCAGAGGACAGGCCCACCUUCGAGUACCUGAGGAGCGUUCUGGAGGAUUUCGUCACGGCCACAGAGAGGCAGUACCAGGAGUAGCUCUCAAGAAGCAGAAAGACAUACAGACUUACAAUAAAUGUACUCAAACUAAAGGCAUUGCUCGUGAAGAUGGAUGCUGGAUUUUGUUUUAUUUGUCUUUAAACAGUAGGCUACAUGGGUAUUUUGCUUCUACAUGAAUUGUAUUUUAUAGUGGCCUCUUGUGGAACUAUAAACCAGGAAACUCUUGCAACAGCUGGAGAGGGAAGUGAUCAGCAUGCUGCUUGAAUAGACAUGGCAACUGUAGCUGAGAAAGUAGCAGCUCUCCUGGUGCUCAUUAUUAAGAUGUAAAUACCCUCAAAGUACUCAGCUAUGUUUUACCUCGAAACAUUUAUAUAUUUGUUCCUACUGGUUUUACUUACAGAUAAAAGCUUAACAUGGAUGUUGUUUUGCCGUUACUUAAAAUACAGCAGAACCGAUCACAACCCAUUUCCCCAAUGAUCCCCCAUCAGAUUAAACUUGGUAUGUUUCAUACGUAAAAAUAAUCAAAUGUUUUAUUGAUGCUUUUAUGACUAUAAAUACAUGUAAUUAAUAAUAAAAAAUAUGUGCUUUCUGGACACUGUAGUUUUAAUCGUGUGUGCUG